AUGUGCUCGGUGUCUUACUGAAGAGCAGAGCUCACUUCAACGUGGCUGCUCUUCCCAGGAUUGAAUACUCAGGAGCCUGGUCUGAAAUCUCCAGCCUUCCUUCAGGUUUUAUUUUUAUGAAAGCCAGCCUGUUCUCUUUUAAACCAGGGGCCUGAAGUCUGGCUUCUGAAAAUAUACCCCACAGGCCACUCUGCCGUGGCUUGUUUAGGCAUUCCAGGGAGGGCUUGCUGACCCGAAGGUGUCCUCUGGCCCAGGUCAAAAGACCAGAGAAGACACUGGCGCCAGGACCCGCCACUGGCAAGGUAGCUGCCAUCUGAGGAAGAGUCUGCUGAAGGUGAGGGCCAUGGACUUCAUCACCUCCACAGCCAUCCUGCCCCUGCUGUUCGGCUGCCUGGGAGUCUUCGGCCUCUUCCGGCUGCUGCAGUGGGUGCGCGGGAAGGCCUACGUGCGGAACGCUGUGGUGGUGAUCACAGGCGCCACCUCAGGGCUGGGCAGAGAGUGUGCAAAGGUCUUCUAUGCUGCGGGUGCUAAGCUGGUGCUCUGUGGCCGGAAUGGUGAGGCCCUGGAAGAGCUCAUCAGAGAACUCACUGCUUCUCAUGCCACCAAGGUGCAGACACACAAGCCUUACAUGGUGACCUUCGACCUCACGGACCCUGGGGCUAUCGUUGCAGCAGCAGCCGAGAUCCUGCAGUGCUUUGGCUGUGUGGACAUACUUGUCAACAAUGCUGGGAUCAGCUACCGUGGUACCAUCAUGGACACCACAGUGGAUGUGGACAAGAGGGUCAUGGAGACAAACUACUUCGGCCCCGUUGCUCUAACGAAAGCGCUCCUGCCGUCCAUGAUCAAGAGGAGGCAAGGCCACAUUGUCGCCGUCAGCAGCAUCCAGGGCAAGAUCAGCAUUCCUUUUCGAUCAGCAUACGCAGCCUCCAAGCACGCAACCCAGGCGUUCUUUGACUGUCUGCGUGCUGAGAUGGAACAGUAUGAAAUUGAGGUGACUGUCAUCAGCCCUGGCUACAUCCACACCAACCUCUCCGUAAAUGCCAUCACCGCGGAUGGAUCCAGGUAUGGAGUUACGGACAAGACCACAGCCCAGGGCCGAAGCCCUGUGGAAGUUGCCCAGGACGUUCUCGCUGCUGUGGGGAAGAAGAAGAAAGAUGUGAUCCUGGCUGAUGUGCUGCCUUCCUUGGCCAUUUAUCUUCGAACUCUGGCUCCUGGGCUCUUCUUCAGCCUCAUGGCCUCCAGGGCCAGAAAGGAGCGGAAAUCCAAGAACGUCUAGUGCUCCGACCAGCCAGAGCCAGGGCAGAGAAGACACACUCCUAGGCUCGGUUCCUCUACAGGGACAGUUGCAUUUGUGAAGACUUGAAUGGAGAUUUGUCUCACAAGCGGGAAGGACUGGAGAAACACGUCUGUGCAGAUCUGCUGGCAGAGGAGGAGAACCAAAAAAGGCAACAAGCUUCUUCCAGGGUGAGGGGAAACACUUCGGAAUAAAUAUGGAGCUGCAGUUUAACGAGAAAAAUAAGAAAGAAACGUCUCAAAUAGU